AUGAGCCCCUUCACAGUUGUGGCACUGGAGUUCCUUUUCAUUGGCACAUUUUAUUUUCUCCAAAAUGGGAGUAUAAAAUUUGGCCACGCGUGGUGUGUGAGGGAUGCAUACGUAGGGAAGGGGCAGAUUAUCGCUGACGGUAGAAGUGCGUUUGGCGCAGGCAGACGGUGUUAUCUCACCGCGAUAGGAGGCGCCUCCUUGGGGGGGAAAACCCACCGGUUGGGAAGGAACAUUCGCCAUGUGUGCCGGGCGAAAAGGGGACACGCGGUUGAAGAGGAAGAGGGCCAGCGGGAUGAGCAGUUGGAUGAGCGGCUGGAUGAGCAGCGGGGAGACCCCACCAGCGUAGAGGAAGAACCCAGCAACGUAGAGGAAGAACCCACCAGUGUAGAGGAAGAACCCACCCAGAGGAGGAAAACCAAAAGGGAAAUCCAAAAGGACGAAUACGGAAUCCCGAAGGAAAAGCUGAACAUAACAAGGCAAAUGAACAGCAAAAUAAAAUCCAAGUACAAAUUUUGCAGAGUAAAGACCUACAACGAAACGAUAAACAUAAAUUACAAGAAGAAAAAAAUUUUAAGCAUCCAUGAGGGGAAGCUUAAGAAUAGGAGGAUAUACUCACCUGACACGUAUACCAGGCCAAUGAUGAGCAAGGUGAAAGAAUCUCUCUUUAGUAUUUUGUCUCACCUGGGCAUAUUCAGUAACUCCCACAUUAACGUUUUGGAUGUCUUUAGCGGGAGUGGCAACCUGGGCAUCGAGUGCAUUUCGAGAGACAUCCCUCACGUGACCUUUGUGGAUUUGUCACUCAAUAGCUGCAAAACUAUUUACGAAAAUUUAAAACUCUGUAACAUCCCCCAUUCGUAUAAUCAAAUUAUAAGAGCAGAUGCUAUGGAAUUAUUAAAGUGCCCUUUUAAGUUUCACCUGGGAGAGAAAUUUCAUUUAGCUUUUUUCACUCCACCGUAUGAACAAAUUGUCUACAGCGAGUUGAUACAGAAUAUUUCCAACAGUGAAUUGUUUCACCCUGACUGUCUUGUCUUUAUUGAGUACCCGAAGGAGAUUGAGAUGCUGCCCCAGAGGGUGUACAAUAUGGUUGGCUUAAGGAAUAGGAAAUUUGGAAGAACCUACUUUGCCUUGUACGUUCUGAACAGUUCAGGUAAAUAUCUUUCUGCUGAGAGGAGGGAUGAGUUUUACCCCCUCCAUUACAACCGUAAGCAGCGCAGGCAGGAAAGGUAUCUUUAG